CCCAGGGAUUAAUUUGUGAGCAACAGUUUCUACUGCUGACCAGUGGAGGUCUGUAGGUUUUCCCUACAUGAAAUCGAGACAGCCGGUAUUCUUGUUCUUGUAAACUUUCGCAACGCCUUGGUUGCGAGUCAACUGAAAAAUAAUUCUCGACGAUGGAUUUCGAGAGAAAGACUGAACAGGAGCUUCAUGAUAUCACGAUAUUGACCUUCCAGAAUGUCAUCGACAUGUCCGGGGUACUCAAAGAGCUAUCCAUGAGCGCCAAGAAUUACCUUAAAACGCUACAAAAUGUUCGACAGGCAGCGACUUCGUUCUACGAUUCCCUGUCCAAGGUGUCACACAUGGCUGGCCAGUCGAAAGGAACCGCUCGUCCCCUGGGACCUAUCAUUGCAGAUCUGGUAGUCGUGAAGAGGGAAGUGGAAACUAGACACAGUGAUGUGAUGAAAUACCUGCAGAAUGAUUUAAUAGCUCCAUUAGACAUCAUUGGGGACUCAGGUGUCCAGGAGGUUAAGUCUUUGCAGAAAAUUUACCAACAAGAGAACAAAACUAAAUUGGAGCUUUUAGAAAAAGCAAAAGCGGAACUGUUGAGGGUGAGGAAAAAGAGUCAAAGAAAUAAACCAACAGAGAAAUACGAAGAAAAAGAAAAACAGUGUGAACAAAGAUUGGAAUCAUGUCAAAAAGGACUUAGAGAAUUCAGACUUGAUGGUUGCAGAAAGGCAAUGAAAGAAGAGUGGAAUAGAUAUUGCUUCGUACUUGACAGAUGCAGUAUUGCUUCGAGAAUCACCAUGGAAUAUUGUGAACAAAGUGCCCAGAUACUACGAGAAAAGCUGCCACUUUGGUUUUCACUAAUAAAAAAGAAGGAGAACUCUGUUUGUAAGGUGAAUGGAUCCAUGUUAAAUGCAGAAAUUAAAAAGGAUGGAGUUACAAAUGAAAAAAUUAAACUGAAGGCAAAUUUUGCACACACAGCAGCUGAAACAUCGCAGCUUAGUUUCAAAGAAGGAGAUUUAAUAAACCCAAUCAGUGAAGUUGUUUCAGGAUGGCAGUAUGGAGAAAACUUGAAAACAAACAAGUCUGGCUGGUUCCCAGCUGCUUACACUGAGGAGGUCAUUGGUGUAAUGACUGGCCCCUCAGUGAGUCAUACAUUACCUGCCAGCGGAGUUCAUCUGCGUCCUGCACUAGAUUCCAGUGCUGGCCACAAAUCAUUGAAGCGUUAUUCGAGUGCUGGACCAGAUGCAUUACAUUAUCCUCCUCCAGACUAUGUGGAGCUGGACAACAAAGCAGAAGUAAACAGCUUAUCAUCUACAAAUGCCCCUGGUCUGUCAGGUUCAAAUGAGAAAAGUAGUGCGUCCAUGGAGGUCAGAUCACCAUUGAUACCACCUCCUCCUCCACCUCUCCCUCCAUCAUUUUCUGCAUUAGGAAAAAGUGAGGAGACAAAGACCAAGAGUCCUAGUCAUGAGAUAAAACCAAAUGGUGAGAUAGCAGAAGAUUCUCCUGAUGUGAGUCACUUGUAAAUAACUGGAAGGAAGAAUUUACAGAUACAGAAGCAGCUAGCUGCAAGGGAUGAUUACAUAGUGAAAGAAAGACAAAUUAGGCCCUUAAUCAAAUACAUCUUAGGAUUUCCAUCGCUUGCUAAUGAUCACUUAUUUUGAUAUUUAUGAAAAUUUAAUUUCAGCUCUGAAAUUUGUGGCUACAUGACUGGGAUACUGUUUUUUAAUUGGGGAAUGGUCAUACAUCGAAUCGAAAUAUGGUGUCCAAUUUGAAUUGCCAUUGUUCUUGACUAACUAGCCUCUCACACAUGUGAUAAUCCUUUUGUGUU